CGAGCUAAUCCUUGGUGUUCGAUCUGGUCUGUACGUGCCAGAAUUUGAAGGAAGAAGAAGAAGAAGAAGAUCUGGUCUGCGUUCGGUUCUGCUUUUUGUGGCAGGCGUUCCUCAGGCGACAUGCGCGCAUCGUCAGCCUCGAUGACAGAGCCGGAUGAGAAAACGACGGGUGUCACGAUGACCUCUGCCCAGUCGUCGCUUGCACCAUCCGCUCGGCAGUCUGGAAUGAGCGUCACCAUGGGCGAGUCGAAAGCGGAGAACGCAACUACGGUGGAGUACGAGACAGUGGUCACGACUGGCUCCCGGCGGAUGUCCACGAUGCCCUCCACCAUGGGUCCUGUGCGGCGCCAACCACUGUCAGAACAAAUGAACGAGCCCACGUUCCUGGAAGGGUACACAAUGUACCUAUUCGUCUUGUUCGUCACCAUGCUGGUGCUGAACGUCCUUACCGUUGUCUACAUGUACUUCGAGAACCAAGUGAAAAAAACCAAAGGACCCGUCGACGACGGCGGAAGCUUGGCACUCAGCAUGGACAAGGAGUCUGUCCUGCGGCACCCUCUGGUGUGCGUCCACCGGUGCUCACCCCAGCUGGCUUCCUUCAUGCACCGCUACCCGCAGGACGGCCUGUGCGACUUGUUGUACCUGCAGCUGCCCGCCGACCUGUCGCUGGCGCACGUCAGGACGGCGCCGUGCUACGACAAGUUCAGAACGAUUUCCAGCGUCGGCGCCGUCACGCGCCACGGCGUGCUCUUCGAUCGCAGCCAGAGCAACGCCAGCUACUGGCAGCUGAGGGGCGACGACGGGAUGGUCGCGUUCAUGGCGUUGUGGGGCAACAAGAUCAAGAACUAUGGACUGACCAACUUCGUCUUGAACAGGUCCACCUCCACGGACGAGCUCAAGCUGUGUCUGCCCCUGAUAGAGCGGCUACGCGAGCUGCAGGCCCUGCUGAAUGAGUUGACGGGAGAGGAGGUCGCGAGGCGGUACAUGAUGCUGGACGUGCGUACCUCGUACACAAACCCGACCGCGGACCUCGUGAUACUGAGUAAACUGCUUCGCAUCGUCAUGACCUUUCCAAUCGACUUGCUGCUACUUCAAACGCACCUUCCGGUGGAUGGCGCCAAGCCCUGCAUGGUGGUGGGCCCCACGACAAGCGUGCGAGCGGGCACGUUGGACACCGUGGAGGUGCCCAUCAUGAGCGAGACCGUGGUCAUGGCUUCGCGGGCCGCGCCGCCGGACUACGUGACCGUGCUGCUGUCAUUCAGUGCGCGGACCCUGUUCUUCGAUGUUCCGCAGUCGUGGAGCCUGGGCAUGCCGUGCGACAAGAUCAUGGAACCGAAGCAGUUUAGUGAAGUUUGCUAUGAUCAGCUGCCUAUCACCAAUGCCGGCUGGGAGAUGUCCUGGUUCCAAACGGGCAGCAGCUCCAAGAAGCAGGUGGUCACAUUCGACGACAACUCCACCGUCGGCCCAAAGAUGAUGCACGCCUACAAGCUCUACAGCGGCAAGCGCCUCGGAUGGGCCGUUGACGACGUAGAGUUCGACAUCGGGCCCAAGGAUUGCCGCAAAGCCGUUCCGCUCGUAUGGCUGGUAGCCCGAGGCAGGCCCGGGCGCAUACCGCAGCUGCCCUGAAGAUCGCCACGCGAAUACGCCGCGAGUUUUUUUUUUACCGGCCGGAACCGAGCGUGGUGCACCUUUCUAUAGAGACUCGUGUGAUAGCUUUCAAUUGACGAACACAUGUAACGUGCAGUACGCACUUCUCGCAAGAUAUUGGCAGUAAUUAAGGCCAAAGUGCACACGCGAAACCGUGAACGUGCCUACUGUACAAGUAAAGCGUACGCGUUGUGUGCUUGAUGAACUGAAAUGCGCGAUAAUAUUUAUCAUUAUUGUUAAUGGCUGCGUCAUCUGCGUCACCCCAAUUCUGAGUUCUCACUUAAAGGAGUACUGAGAUUGCUUUUACACUGGCAAGUGCUGACGAAGGCAAGUUUUCUUGUCAAAACGUAUGCUAUACAGAGACAAUUCUCGUUCAGUCACUGUCGAUCGUGAACGCACUAAAUUGUUUUCCUACGAACCA